CGAGAGAGUCAGUCAGUUGUGCUGACAAAACAAGGAAAACGAGACCUUUGAGAGGAUCGAUACACAGCUAGGCUCAGGCAGUUAGAUAGCGAGAGAAACUAGGUUUACAUUGAAUUAAAGAGAAAAACAAAGCCUAAGUUAUCAUGGCAUCCCUGUUUAAAAAGAAGACAGUUGACGAUAUCAUUAAAGAGCAGUCCAAAGAGCUGAGAGGCACCCAGAGACAGAUCACCAGAGACAGAGCUGCCCUGGAGAGACAGGAGAAGCAAAUGGAAAUGGAAAUCAAAAAAAUGGCUAAGACCGGAAACCGAGAAGCCUGCAAGAUACUCGCCAAACAGCUCGUACAGCUCAGAAAACAGAAGAACCGAACCUACGCCGUGAGCUCCAAGGUCACGUCCAUGUCCACGCAGACCAAAGUCAUGAACUCUCAGAUGAAGAUGGCUGGAGCCAUGUCUACCACAGCGAAGACUAUGCAGACUGUCAAUAAAAAAUUGGACCCCAAGAAGACAAUACAGACGAUGCAGGACUUCCAGAAGGAGAACUUAAAAAUAGGAAUGACGGAGGACAUGAUCAACGAUACACUGGAUGAGAUUUUUGAUGAAUCGGGUGAUGAGGAAGAAAGCCAGGACAUCGUGAACCAGGUGCUGGAUGAGAUCGGCAUAGAGAUCUCAGGAAAGAUGGUAAGAGCCCCCUCAGCAGGAAAGAUCGUCCCUGGCGCCUCCCCAGCGAAGUCGAAAGCGGCCACCAUCUCAGACGCCGAGAUCGAGAGACAGCUGAAGGCUCUGGGAAUGGACUAAAUCUCUUCACCCUCCACACAUUUGUACCCACUGCCACCAAAGGACUCAGUGUGGGAAAAGCGAGCGUCUAAGUGAUAAAUAAAGGAAGAAAGUCAAUGACUCUUAUUGGGGUAUGACAGUGAGUCACUGGAGGAGAUUCUGUGGUCAGAUAUAAACAGCAGAUUUAGACGUUCUGACAAAAUGCUCUUCAAAUCUGCUGCAGAUAUUUAAAGGUGAAGGAUGUCAUUUUUGCACCACUAGUAGCUCUAAAUUGAUCAUGAUUGGGUGGGGUGGGUCUAUCUGUUUGGGUGACCAAUAGCAAAUUAGGGGGUGGGGAUAUUAAAAAGUUAAUGGUCAAAAAUGCAUACUUCCCUAAUAUAUACGAUGUAAACAGUAGUAUGUUCAAAUUCACAGUAUUCCUAAAAUGGUACAGUAAAAUAGUAGUGCACAUGAUGGACAUUUUACUUUCCCAUUCGGAGUGGAUUUGUGAAUAACAGUGUUGUGGCACAACUGUCACAUGACAAUAACAUGGUGAAUCUAGUAAAUCUGGAUUGCAUUCACACUAUUAGAGCAUACUUCUGUAACAGUCUGUUUGAUUCUGCUAGUGUGCAAAAAUGACACACUUUACUUUUAACUUUAAAGGGUGCUAUUACUGUGACCAUUAACUGUCCUUUAAAUCCUUUAAAUGUACACAACCAUGAAGAUUUGGUACUCCACUGAAUUCCCAUGCAUUAUAGGGCUAAUCAUCUCAUGUCAUGUUAGUUAAAAAAUUCUAAUUUUGUGUAUUUUCAUGUCUUUUUAGGUUAUGUAUGACUUAAGGAUGUAAGUUAUGGAAAAAGUUUUUCUUUGCAGUGAGGUUUUGUAUAAACUCUUGAAUAUAUAAAAUAACAUAUCUUGCAUGAGAAUCUUUGUCGAUAUGAUAAUGUAAUGAAGUCAAGAACCCUUCAACCCUGUCUAAUGAUCUUACAAAAUUAAAACAGAUUGUGAAUCACAUGUGAAUGAUAUGCACAGACCAUGAGUCCAUCCAGUUGGAGGGGAUCAAACAUUGUGUUUUAAAAUCUGUUUGGAUUGUAUUCCAGCCUUUUAGAAGAACUGCAGUAUCAGUUAUUCUUUUCAACGUCAUCUGUAUGUAUUAAAAAAGAUUUUGUUGUCCAUUCUAACCGAUAGUGUGUAUAUACAUGUACAGUUUAUGCUUUGAUUUGAUUUUCUAAUUAAUAAAGUACCUUCACAUUUGUGAAAAA